AAGGAUGAUACUCGAGCCGUGGGUUCGAUUCUUGACACCCUCAACAACUUCCGCAGCAUUUUCUUAACCAAAUAAAACACAGCAGCCACGGAGGAAACCCUACCCCAUCUUCUCGUCUCUUCCACAAUCUUCACCUGCAAACCAUCCUUCCCUCAUCCGCUUCAUCGUCCUCCUUGCUCCAUCACCCGCUCGAAAUCCUGCAUGUUGUUAAGUGUUCGAUUCAAAAUCUUAAUCUAGCUUUCUGAGGAUUGUUGGAACUUUCUAGACGUUGACUGUUGGGAUCAUCUUCAGGUUUGAAGAUCCGGCUAUCGGGCACAAGCGCACACAAUCAAGUCUGGUGGGGAUUGACAAUUUUACACCGAGAAAUUCUAGCAGGAAUUCAAGAAAUUAGAAAAUGGAGCUGAGUACCAUUAAAGAUGCCUUUGAUCGUGUCACAAAGAAGCAAAAGGUUGCAUCAUCAAAGUCUCAAGAAGUGAUAGAGCAGAUCGGUCAUGAAAUAGAGCAAGCACUGUUGAGAAUACAGUCAGCUAAUGAUACUGCUUCUUUGAGUGAACACAAAGUGAUUCUUAGUGAACUUAAAGCCAAGUUGAAGGAAGUUGCUCCACUCAGUCAGAUGGAAGGAACACAAAAAGAACUAAAUGUUGCACUAAGCAAGUACCCAAAGCUCCUUGAGAAGUCACUCAAUCCUGAUAUAUCAAAGGCUUACAGGAAUGUUGGUUCUGAUAUCCAUACUGUUAACCAGAUAAUUGCCAGCCAUUUCUACCGGGAAGGCCACUUUGAUCUUGGUGAUUGUUUCGUGAAUGAGGCCAGAGAAUCUGAAGCUGCAGGCCAAAAAACUCCUUUUCUGCAAAUGUAUCAAAUACUUGAAGCCAUGAGGUGUAGGAACCUGGAGCCAGCUCUGAGUUGGGCCACCACGAAUAGUGAGAAACUUAAGCUGACUGGAUCUGAUAUUGAAAUGAAGUUACACAGGCAGCAGUUUGUAGAAAUUCUGCAAAACAGAGGUAGAGAUGGAGCUUUGAAUUAUGCUAGAACUUUCUUUCCACCUUUUGCCACCAAAUAUUUGGCAGAGAUCCAGAGGCUCAUGGCCUGUCUAUUGUGGGCUGAGAAACUGGAGUCCUCACCUUACUCAGAUUUACUAUCACCUCUCCACUGGGAUAAAUUGGCUGAAGAGCUUGCUCGGCAGUUCUGCAAUCUUAUGGGUCAAUCCUAUGAGAGUCCGUUGAGUGUGACCAUUGCGGCAGGCGUCCAGGGAUUGCCAACCCUUCUGAAACUGAUGAAUGUGAUGACUGGGAAAAAACAGGAAUGGCAAUCCAUGAAACAGUUACCCGUGCCGGUGGACUUGGACAGAGAAUUUCAGUUCCACUCUAUCUUUGUCUGUCCAGUGAGUCGGGAUCAGGCAUCUGAGGAGAACCCCCCUAUGCUGAUGUCUUGUGGGCAUGUUCUAUGCAAGCAAUCUAUUACCAAACUGUCAAAGAAUAACAACACACGGCCUUUCAAGUGUCCUUACUGCCCCACGGAGGUUGAGGUCGGUCAGUGUAGACAAUUGUUCUUCUAAUCAGCUUUUGUAUUAAAAAAUCUUCUUGCUACCCCCCCGCCCCCUCCCCCCUCCUCUUUAUCUCUGUGCUCUUUGAACUCAAUUCCCGUUCGUUCGUUACAUGGUUGAUGGUGCCUCUGACCAUAGCGUUAAUUGUGCUUAAGCUGCUCUAUUCUAUGUACCAUGGUAAAUUGGAUGUAAAUAGGAAUUCUUUACCAUUUCAUGCAAAUAAGCUGCCUUAAGUCUUUCAGUUCAUAUACCUUAGGUCAGCGAAUGUGAUAUGAACUCAAAGGAAUGCCUGUGAUAGUUCCAAAUGUUGUUAAACAAAUCCAGCAAUGUGUUGAUGAUUGAUUGGAUUGAGCAACA